UUCAGAGCGCCUAUCUGCUCCUGCCGUCUCUCUUCGGAUGUUAUACCUAUGCAAACACAUCGGAGAAAACACCGGGAUGUACACGGACGAGUAUGAGAGGGACAACUCUGACUUUUUCCUCAAACUUUUAACAACCUCCUCCAUUCACUAAAGGUGGAUGAAACUUUUUUUUUUGUGAAUGAGUAUCCCGCCGCUGGCUGCCACAUCUGGACGUCGUCGGAGCUGUCAAGUCCAGAGCCAACGUUUAUCCGGACCUGACUUGACCUCCUUCCUCUGUUUAGUCCUCCCUUAAACUUUAAGGCGGAAUACUGGACUUUAAACCCUUGUGUCUUUAUUUUUCAAACUUUUUUUCCACAAUUGCAAUGCUCAAAAUGGAACACUCGGUCCUCAGAAUAGCAUGCGUCUUGGUGGUUAUCUGCCUUUUGGAUAAAAGGGUAGACUCCAAUGAAAUCUUGGGCCUGAAGCUCCCCAACAUCGACCCGAUCCUGAAUGCCAACACCGUGUGUCUCACGCUGCCGGGUUUAACGCGGCGACAGCUGGAGGUGUGCAUGCGCAACCCAGACGUGACUGCUUCAGCAAUCCAGGGAAUCCAGAUUGCCAUCCAUGAGUGCCAACACCAGUUCAGAGGGCACCGCUGGAAUUGCUCCAGCCUGGAGACGAGGAACAAAAUACCCUACGACAGCAUAGUCUUUAAAAGAGGUUUCAGAGAGAGUGCCUUUGCGUAUGCCAUCGCAGCAGCAGGCGUGGUGCACGCAGUGGCCAACGCUUGCUCCAUGGGCAAACUGAAGGCGUGCAGCUGUGAUGAGAAGAGACGUGGGGACCAGGAGGCUUUCCGCAUCAAACUGCACCGUUUGCAACAGGAGGCCAUCAACCGGGGGAAGGGUAUGGUCCACGGGGUCAUGGAGCACUUCCCUGCCGACCUCCCGGGAUCUCAGGACUCCUGGGAGUGGGGCGGCUGCAGCCCCGACGUGGAAUUCGGUGAGAAGUUCUCCAGGGACUUCUUGGAUGCUCGCGAAACCUACAGGGACAUCCAUGCCAGGAUGAGGCUGCAUAAUAACAGAGUUGGCAGACAGGUGAGAACAGAGGAAUGA